AUCCUCUUACAUAUACCUUCAGUCCCAACAGCCGAUACACACUCGAGCUUCUCAGAAUGCCAUUGAUCGUCUUUGAUCCCGAAAAUGUUGGGCCCGGCCUGAAUGAACUCUGCGAGGACCUCUCGAACCCUACCGCAGACUCCAUUGCGAUUUGGUGCGGCGUCACUGGCAUCAACGAGUCCCGGGACUCUGUGCUCGCCGACCUUCCGGCACCCCAGACACUGAAGUUGUUCAACGGUCAUAUGGGUCACUUGCAGAGAAAGCCGAGGGACUAUCAGACCAGAGUACAUAGCGAAUUCUGCGCGAAAUACCUUCCUCGGGCCACAGAAAUAUGGAGGAACGACUACAGGGCGUACAGCCCUUCUAUGAUGGCUAUAAACACCUUCGUCUUCACCCCCUAUUUCGUCCGCUUCACCCGUACCCCAUCAGGCGCAGGUAUGACACCCCUCCUCGCUUCACGCAUCGCCGACCUCGACCCCAGCACCGAAUCCGACCUUGACGUCGACGCGAUCGGCGAAUUGGUCCAGUUCUUCUCUACUUUGAUGGUGCUUCAAGGAAUGCAGGAUAUCAACGCGGAGGAUAAAGAGAAGGUGAAGACGAAGUGUAAGGCGUGGAUGAGGAAGUAUAGAGGUACUGGAAGGGUGGCAGAGAAUGGAAGUGAUAGGUGUUUGAAAAUGUUGAAUGCGCCUGGAGGUGCAAUCACCGGAGAUUUUGCGAGAAUGAAAGAUUUGUUGAACGAUAUGGUCGACAAAUGUGGCCUCGAGAGUUGUAACGUCCGGAAGAACGCAGGCGAAACAGGUAACCUUUCGCAAUGCGCUAGAUGCAAGACCACCGUAUACUGCAGCGCAGCUCACCAAAAGCAACACUGGCCUACGCACAAGAAGCUUUGUAUCCCGCCUAGCUUCUAACUCAAUGCCGCUUGACGUCCACCAUUCGCCUUCCCAGAAUUCCACCAUGUGAAUCGUCCUGCUCUCGUCUCGUCCUGCUCAGUCAUAACCAAAUAUCGCCAAUUGUUGUAUGUAUUAAUACGUUUACUAGCCAACAUCUGUGCUAUCUUGUUCUUGCUUCAUCUUCCCUGUAUACUAUCUUGCCUCCAUCCGCUAUCGCAAUUUUAUAUCGCU